UUUUCAAUUUUUCAAUUUCUGUUUCAGUAUCUUCGCCUAGCCAUCUAUUAUUACCUUACUAAUCAAAGUGUCAAACUGACAAGAAGCUACAAAAUACCAUGGUCACAUUAUACUGUAUUUUCAAUUUUGGUCACCAAAGAACAUUGGCAGAGAAAGGUAGACAAAAUGAAACUGAAAGUACCAUUGAUGUUUUUAUCACAUGACAUAUAAGGACCAAUCAGAAAGUGCCUUAUAUUCUACUUCCGGUGUGAGUAAUUUUAGAAAGUAAAAAUUGAUUCAGCGACUAUUGCUAAACAUAAUCAUGUAUAGGCAACAGUUCCCUAAUGAUCCAGGGAUGCAUAACACAAUGAACCAGGACUCAUAUACUCGGGUGUCAUAUAGACGCAACCCCAACUUCUUUGAGCGUGUCGGAAACAGCUGCGUUGGAAUUGUAGUUGGAUUUUUACUUAUCACAGGAGCUGUGUUUCUAUUAUUCUGGAAUGAGGGCCGUGCUGUACAAACCAGCAAAUCUUUAGAUGAAGGCUUAGAUAAUGUUGUACAGCUUAAAACAGUAGAUGUGGCGUUCGAACAUAACAAUGGAAAACUAGUCUAUCUAUCAGGAUCAUUAAAGACAUCAGAGAUUUUGCGAGAUGAUACGUAUGGUGUUGCAGUACAUGCUGUGAAGUUAAAACGAAAUGUAGAGAUGUAUCAAUGGGUGGAGCAUGAACACAAGAGGGAAAUUAAUGAAGGCAGCAACACAAGGACUGAAACAACAUAUUCUUACAGCCAAGAAUGGAGAUCAGAUGUUGUCAACAGUGGAUCCUUCUCUAGUCCAUAUAAUCAUCAAAAUCCAAAUUCUAUGCCAGUCCAGACCUCUAUGAAGCAGGCAAAUGAAGUACAAGUUGGCAACUUUUAUUUAUCGACAAAUUUACUAAGUAAAUUGUCAGGAUUCAAGAAGUUAAUGCCAAGAGAAGCCCCCAAAGACCCCUCUAUAUUCCUCCUUGAUGGUACCUUCUACCAUGGAUCAGGUCAAUUGACCAACCCCCAGGUUGGUGAUCUUCGUGUGACAUUCCACUAUGCAGGCCUCAGUGGGGCAGAAUCAGCCUCCUUAGGACCUCCAGAUGUUGUGAGCGUGAUUGCACGCCAGUCAGGAAAUUCCUUGUCUAAAUAUGAAACUGAGGCUGGAGAUGACCUUGAAAUGUUGUAUAUGGGCCAACUAACAGCUGAGCAAAUCUUCCAGAAAGAACACAUGCAUAACAAAGUAGUGACAUGGGGGGUGAGAGGUGGCGGUUGGCUGCUGAUGUUCAUAGGAUUUGGCUGCUUUACAAGUCUAAUAACAACACUUGUUGAUUGGAUACCAAUUGUGCGUGAGUUAGUGGCAAAAGGUGUCACCACUAUGAAUCUGUUCUUGUCAAUCAGCCUCAGUUUGACUGUUAUUGCCCUCGGCUGGAUUCGCUAUCGUCCACUUCUUGGAAUGACAAUAUUGGCUCUUGCCGCAACACCCUUUAUAUGGACACG